GACCUGCGACCUGCUGACUGACCGGUGACAACCACCGGCAAAGCCAUGGGCCAAAGUUCGCCGAUGGACUCCAAGUACAACAAAUCCAAGGCGAGAAAGGACGCCAUCAAGCCAGCGCUGGCAUUCUUCACAGGCUUAGGUUCGGUUUUCCUGGUGCUUCACUAUGCCUUUGGCAACAAGCCCAUCCGUCGGCUCCCACCAACCCAGGCACAGACUGCGCUGCAGAGUUUGCAGACACUGCCAGGCGCCGCCUUCGCCGCCGCGGCGGAGCUGCCGGAGGCGUUUCGGACCUUUCAGGGCCCCAGCGAAGGGCAGCUCCGGGCGGCUCGCUUCACGAUGUCGCAGCACGACAGCGUCGAUUGCCCCAGGGGUUCCAAGCCCUUAGAAAACCCCGAGAGUUGCGAGAUUGCCUCGGAAGUGCUGCGGGUGAAGUACACUGGAGAACAACGCUUCGCGACGGAUCCCACGGGAUGUUUGU